AUGGCUCUUUCUCAUCUCUCGCGGUGGAUGUUCGUGCAUGAGCCUUUCGGAGCACCAGCCAUGGCUCGGUCCAGUCUUGAUCUGCCAGUGCCCUGUCCCUCCGAAGACAGCGGCGGGGCACUGCCGUCCCGGCUCGCGGAGUCGUUAUCUGGUCACUGCCAGGCGUCUGACGGACCCGCAAAAACCUUUCCGGCAAAUGAGAUGUCUCAGACGGGAUCGAUCGGAUCUCAUACCGAAUCGUCCUUUGAUUUCGUCGGCACAGAAGACUCCGUCACAGGAGACCACGAGCUCCCCGGUCCGCGCGUCUCGAGUCCCAGCAGAUGCACAACAACCGCAAGCGUUGCGUUUCUCCCUGCUUUCCCAGUCAGUGCGGAAUCCACCCUUUCUGGGUCGGGGACAGGAGAAACUGGAAAACUCCAAGAUCUCGCUCAGGCAAAAACCGAAAAUGGGAAGAUCCCAACAGAUGCGACGACGGGGAAUGAGCUUCUUUCUGCCCUCACGGAGAAGGUGAGCAUACGUGACGAAGACACUACAACUGAAGCGCAGGCCCGCCAGGCCGCAGAGAGUUUCUUUCCAGCUUCCAGGGAUCCGCUUGCUUAUCCUGAGGCUUCUCGUGCUUCUCUGCUCCGCGAGACGCCUGGAAUCGCGAGUUUUGCGAGACCUCUGACCGAUCAUGGUGUGAAUCAUUCUACGGCGCUCUCUGCGGUGUCUCUGUCUCCGUCUCGCUCCCCUUUGAAUCCCACGCAACCCCAAGAGAACCCUGCCUCCUCGUGUUUCCCUGGAGGUGCCGGUGGCGUCCCCGGCUCUGCACCAGGCGCAGGAAACCGGGGCGUGGUGUCGACAGAAACUCUGCAGCGACUGAUUAGCAACUCUCCUCUGCAUAUCCAAGCGCUUCUCGCGUCCAUGCGUCAACAGCGAGAUGGCCAGCUUGGAGAGACCGCGAGAGUACUUUCGCGGCAACUUUGGGCAGCGGCUGCGCGCGCGUCUCCUGUCGUCAUUCAGCAGCAGUUGCGUCUGCGGUCUCAGUUGCUCGCAAGACUCGCACUCGAGCGGCGCAACCGUGGACAGCCACGCCCAGGCUCUACCCCGGCCCCUGGGCAAGCGAAAUCGACGAGCGUCCUGGAGCCUGCUCAAGACGAAAGCCGUCGCGACAGCGCUCGGAAACCUGUCACGGCACCGCCAAAACUGCAUGAUCUCAACCACGAGCAGGCGCAGCGGCUCCGACAGGCCGAAGCCCAGCUGGAACGCCCCGAGGUUUUCACCGUGCUCCAUAACGGGUCUGCAGCGAUUCUUCACUUUGUCCUCAGGGCCCUCGGCCUCCUCGCCAAUGCUUGUCCUCAGUGGUCUGGAUCGUCGCCGUUCGACUCUGUGGCGCCUUCCCAUCUUGGACCAAAGGCGGGGUCGAAGCAAGCGGAGUCGAGGAGCGGAAAUUCCGCGUUCUCAGGUUCCACGCUGUGCCUCGGGGCAGGAUCCCUCGAGUCGAAAAUGCGUGAGGAAUUUGGCCUGGAUGCUGGUGGAGCCGUCUCGGGUGAAACGGGUUGUGCAGGCCACUCCGGAAUGCAGUUGUCCGGAACAGCAGAGGCAGACAGGCCUGUGCCGUCCUCCUCCCGGUGGCAUUGGCUGCACGUUGUUUCCUUUGCUGAUAAGCCUGAACUCCUCACCAUUUACCAUUCCAUUCUCGCUCCGUUGCUCUCCUUGGUCCCUCCCUCUGUUCUGCGCUCUGGACGCCGCGACGCAUCUGUCUCUCCCGGCCUCGAACCGAAGGCGAGCGCCACCUCUUACAAUCCUUCACCCGGCUCGGCAGCUGCCUCGGAGCAGUCCGACAAAGAGAGAUGCGACCUUUGCGGAGUUAACAGUGCCUUCGUUCUGCUGCAGGUUUUGCGAGAUCUCGACGAUCUACGGUCUCUCCACGACCCAGUCUUCCUCCCCUCUGGAAUGACUCCGCUUCAGCUCCUGGGGAAACCGGCUGGCGGCUUCUCUGCUCAGCUCACUGGGACGGGAGAUGCAAACCCGCAAGACGGAGCGUGUGGAGAGGGAUGCAGGUGCACUGCGAAUUCAGACUCGCUGUGUGGGCUAGCGGUUCUCCGCCGUAGUCCUUUCUUCCCGUCGUUCGUCGAAGCAGCAAAAGGUCUUCUCGCGUGGCCUGCUUCAGGCGCCGCAGUCGCUGCUGCCUGCCUGUCUCAGGGCAUGUUCGGCACGAAAGACAACCAAGUUACCCUAGAGCGCUGCAGCGGAGGCAAGGUCAAUUUGCCUGCAGUUCCUCGUGGACCCUUACCAACGUCACACACAGGGGGCUGUCGAGCGACUGAUGCUCCUUCGCAGGGCUCUACCGUGAACUCUGCGGUGAGCAGAGAAGAAGCUGACCAGAACAGUUUGGUGGCAACCGCUCGUGGACUUGCAGAGUGUGUUUUAAAACAUGUCGACUUAAAUUCCCUGGAUGGAGCAGACCUCCUCACUCUUCUUCGUCUCUCCGAGCACCUCAAGCCUUCUCUCGAAGAGGCUUCUCCGGUGCUUGGCGGUGCGCCGGGGCCGGUCGAGAAGGUGGCCGAGACUUCAGAGAAUUCUUUUGGAUGUGUCAACUUCGAAGACGUUGAGACGGGGCAGGGCGCGGGCAAUUCCGCGAACGCAGCCGGGCUCCCGAAAACGAAUGCAUUCGGUGAUGUGCGCCUGUUCGUGGAAUCGGGCAAAGUACAGCCUCAGGAGCGUGCUCUUGCAGGAGGACGCCGAGGUCACACAGAAACCAACGCGUCAGAAAUCGCAGGGGUUGGGAGCCAGGCGAUUGGUGAGGUCUCUGACGAGGCAACUCAAGAAGCGUUCCCAUUGUCCACGGAUCUAAGACGUCAUAGCCGGAGUAUCACGGGCAGCAGCCAGCCUCUUGACGCGCACAGUUCCAAGGCGACAUCGUCGCUUCGAUUCGCUCCAAUGCUCGAUUCGCUGGUGAACUUGCCUGAAAUGUGUGGCUCCGAAUCGCCGACUGUGGAGCUGGAACAGGGAUGUGGCCAGUUGCAAGAACAACCUCCCCACGCACUUCUGCGUUUUUCUCCCCUUUUCACUGGCGGCUUGGGAGUCCCUUCUGAUCUGGAGAACCCGACUUCCGGCCCAUCGCUUACCGGAGCUGUGGGGGCUCAUGACAUCCCCGCUCCAGUCAGCCCUGUGGAGAGGCUGCUUCCAGGAGCCGGCGGCAUGUUCGGUCUGCAGGAGACUCUUCCCGAGAGUCCCGCCGCCUGCAGCCUCGGCGCUCUUCUGUGUCCCGGUGGCGUGGUCAACGAAGCGUCGGACAAUCUGUUAACCACCGACGGUGGACGCGGCUGUUUCGCCGAUAGUUCCAGCAGAGAAGCGGCGGCUUUCGAGAGUCUGUAUCCGUCCACAACGUCGAGCGGCUACUCGUUCAGUCGCCUCCCGUCACAAGAAGCUGAUGUUCUGCCUUCCGAACUCGUGGCGACGGUUGGCUUCCCCACCACUUCCCAGGAAGGGUCUCCCUUGCCAGCAGGGUCGGCUGCUCGUGGCGGACUUGGACGGGAGUGCGAUCUCUCGGCCUUCGCAGGCCGACUUGAGGGAAGCCUGAGGCAGGCAAACGCUGUUGGUGGCCUCCGGGCCGUGGCAGAGGCCGGCCCCGGUCGCCGCGGUGUCCGCCACCACGCCGCUGGCAGCCGCUUACCUGAAAAACGACCAGGGAAGCACGCGUCUCGAACACCCGGGCCUGACCCCUUACUUGAGACUCUUUCGAAAAAGGACUAUGGCCCUCCAGCAGGCGCAAGCUGUGAUGAGUCUGCGGUGGGAUCCUCCUUGACGACGGAACUGCAGGGCGGGGUCGUCAGCGCUUCGUGCGGGAUUGGCGGUAGAAGCAAACGCACGAGAGCUCAAGAAUCUGCGAUGGAAGGCGAUCUCUCGGGGAACCGCGACCGUGUCUGGUCCGACAUCCCAGAAGGCGUUGAAAGCCUUCCAGAUCUCUUGAGUCGCGGUGUCGGAAGCUUAGCUCCUGUGGCCUCUGCGCCAAGCACCAGUCCCUGCAAAGUGAAGCCUACACGGGCUGCGGGCGGAUCAGCGGCACGCCGGCCUGCCGCUGUGGCGACUUCGCGCGGGCUAGCCGUGAGCACAAGCAGCAGCGUUCGGUCCGCCGUGAAAGGCAUCUACUUCGACAGCUACAAAAAACUCUGGAGAGUGCAGUGGAACCGGAGUGGAAGCUCAGGCGGUGGAGGUUCUGGAGGCGCCGGCCGCCGCGUGUCGCGUUCCUUCAGCUGUGCUCGCCUCGGAUUUGAAGCCGCGAAAGCUCGUGCCGUAGCCUGGAUGCUCUCUGGGGGCCUCGUAGGCGACGGUGGUCUCCCUUCCGGUGACAGCCGACUUGGCGUAGCUGGGAACGGCACUGGAAAUGCAGAGGGCCUCAGCGACCGCAGUGACGGUGGGGCGUUGGCGGGAGCUUCGAUGACGCCAGAGCUUCUCAUCAAAGAGGAGAAGGAGCGGCUUCUCUUUGCCGAUCCCCGGCUUUUCUUGGAGCGCAUCGAGGCGUUCUAUAUCAGACACAGACUCUACGGUUUGCAAUGUAAUGGUAGCGGUGCCGGAGGAAGUCAGAAUGGCAGUGAAGACGGCAUGAUUGGCGCUGGCGAGUCCGGCAGCACGGGCAACAAAAGAGGCAACGGAGGGUCUGGUGGCCUUCGGAUUGUAUCUGUUCUCUCGCUCGAUGAUAUGCUGGCUGUUUUAAAUGGCACAAAGCAUGGGAUGGGAGAACAAGACACAAGUGAGCCUCUUGAGGAGAGGGAAGAGGAGGCGAACGAAGAUCGAAGCCGAACGGUGAACGAGGAGGCCCUGUGUGGCGCAGGUCCCCGUGAAUCGCCGCCUCUUAGCGUGACUGUCACCGUGCCACAGUCUCAGACAGAGCGACUCAUGAGCAGAAAGAAGCUGAAGCGCGAAAAAGGAGCGUCGGCAACCGAGGCUGUGGAUCGGCCAGCUGUCCGCUCGUCUCUCCCUGUCCCCUUCGUAUCAGGACUUUCGGAGGAAAUGGAAAAACAUCUGUUUCGCCUUCUUCCCUCCUUAACUCCUGUUCAGAAUAGACUAGACCUGGGCAUGCAGGCUUGCCACACCGCGAGCGGGGAGGCUGGAUCGUUGGCCGAAGCGUUGGCGGCGGAGCUCAGUGCGGCCGGCACCACUGUCUCUAGUAGGAUCGUUCCUGAAGAACAUGAAGCCCAUGUUCCAAGUGUUUCACCACUCAGUGGCUGAUUCUAAGCUGACAUCAAAGUGUCCUCUGUGUACCAUUUUCAAAUGUGCGGUUCAGAACGUUGUCCUGUGGUGCAGUGGUUUCCCCACGAUUCCUGGUGGUAUUUUGCUGGAUUUCAUGACACAUGUCAAGAACCAGUGACGCGAAAGAACAGGUGUAUCUUUGAGAGUGUUUUCAGUUAUUGCCGCCAGAGGCAGGCUCUCUCGAGCUGUGGAGACACGCGGGAACCAUCCACGUGGAAACGGUGGCUCUGCGUACACGGAUCAGGUGUUCGUGACGCAG